UUUUUUUGCAGCAUCAGUACCGCGCGCUCGUAUCACAUUCAUUCGCUGGACACGGAGCGCGCUGCGGGACCACACUGCACCGCUUCGGAGGACCCACAAGCACCGUAUACGGGGGGAUAGAGGAAGGAAAAAAAAGGACAGCGAGGGUUCAUUGGGGAAAAGGAACCCCGAAAGACGAAUAUCAGCAGAAAAAUAUAAGAGACGGACACUAGGAAAAGAAGAAAACGGACGAGGCUGCGAAAUCCAAGCGAUAAUAUUUUAGCCGACACGGCGGGGAAACAAUGAAGGACCGUACGCAGGAACUACGAAGUGCUAAGGACAGCGAUGACGAUGAAGAGGUUGUCCACGUUGACAGGGACCAUUUUAUGGAUGAGUUCUUUGAACAGGUGGAGGAGAUCCGAGGCUGUAUAGAGAAGCUGUCGGAGGAUGUGGAGCAGGUGAAGAAGCAGCACAGCGCCAUCCUGGCGGCGCCGAACCCUGACGAGAAGACUAAGCAGGAGUUGGAGGAUCUUACUGCUGACAUCAAGAAGACGGCCAAUAAAGUGCGCUCAAAAUUAAAAGCAAUUGAGCAGAGCAUCGAACAGGAGGAGGGGCUGAACAGAUCGUCAGCAGACUUGAGGAUCCGUAAGACACAGCACUCCACGCUGUCGCGCAAGUUCGUGGAGGUGAUGACCGAGUACAACACCACGCAGUCCAAGUACAGAGACCGCUGCAAGGACCGCAUCCAAAGGCAGCUGGAGAUCACUGGGAGAACAACCACCAAUGAGGAGCUAGAAGACAUGCUGGAGAGUGGCAAGCUUGCCAUCUUCACCGAUGAUAUCAAAAUGGACUCCCAGAUGACCAAGCAGGCGCUGAACGAGAUCGAGACCCGCCACACCGAGAUCAUCAAGCUGGAGAACAGCAUCCGCGAGCUGCACGACAUGUUCGUGGACAUGGCCAUGCUGGUGGAGAGCCAGGGUGAAAUGAUUGACAGAAUUGAGUACAACGUGGAACACUCAGUGGACUACGUGGAGCGGGCUGUGUCCGACACCAAGAAGGCUGUGAAAUACCAGAGCCAGGCCCGCAAAAAGAAGAUCAUGAUCAUCAUCUGCUGUGUGGUCCUGGGAGUCGUCUUGGCGUCCAGUAUCGGAGGAACGCUCGGCUUUUAGAAACAAGGAACCCCGACAGAAAAACUCAAAACAAAACGGCAGAUAAGAAAACCAUUAAAAGCAGGGGUGGGUGGGACUUCAACUACAGACACACAAACAGACAUAAAAAAUAUAUAUAAUAGCAGACAAAAUAAAUAUUAAACAAAAAGAGGGUUAUACAAAUAAAACGCAAAACUUAUUAUGUACAUGUAAAUGUAUUGAACAUAAGAAACAGCACAUGGUUUAGCUAUCUGUAAAAAAAAAAAAAAAAAAAAAGAUAUUACAGAAAAAAAAAACAUUUUUUUCUUAUUUUUUAAUAGUUUCUCUCUUUUGGGGGGAUCUCCAGGACAGUGCUAGUAACUGCUAAAUUCCGUGUGUUUCCAGGAACGUUUUCAGGUCCGUAGUUUAGAUUAAGGCACAAAACCAGUACGGGAACUGGAACGGAUAGUAUAAAUUGUAUAAUUCCAUAAAUAUCGACGAUCUUGUUUGAUCUGAAGGAAGCGUGGGGGGGGGGGGGGGGGGGGGCUUUGGGGUGGGCUGCAAUCCUUUCGGGGGUUUUUGAAAAGUGCAUUUUACCGUGCGCGGUUGGGGCAGAGGGCUGCGCCCCCUCCUGGCAGGUGUGUGUCGCACGCGCUAAGACGGAAACUGAAGCUUUCACGCACGCUUGACUUGAAACUGUGUCAUUUUCCCACAGUACGGAAAGAGAAGGAGCUCUGCCUAACAAGCACACACCCAUGGCACUGUUGGAGAAGCAAAUUAGGUUCAAGAUUACUCGACUCGAACCCCCCCCCCCCCCACUGGGGUACGCUGCUAGGGCUGUCUCUUUGUGAAGGCCCUUGCCCCUCACAACUUCGAUAACCGUCCGUUGUAGUGAAACCUCCCCAGUGGUGUAAGACAAACAAACCGGGAAAAAAAACACGUUAAAUAUACAUAAAUUUUAAAACUGAGCUGACUCCGUAGGCCAGCGGUGGAUAGCGAGACAGGAACUGAGCGGGGAAAUGCACCAAUGUGAUCUCAAAAACCCAAGAAUGGCAAGAUCUGUUUUACCGAUGACAAAAAAGAAAGGAUAAAAGCAGAUUAAAAGGAAGAGGGGGAAUGGUCUUGAAGGAAAGAGGAGCAGAGAAAAGAGGGAAGAGUAUUUUUAGCUGACGACACUGUUCUAUAGAUUUUUCUAAAAAUGAAGAAAAAAUAAAAAAGAAGAAAAAAUUAAAACAAAAAGAGGUGAAUCUCAAAAGCUGAAAUUGUAGCUUGGAGGUUACUCGUUUGGAGGCUCUACGUUUGGAGGUGUAUUAUUCCCACGUUUUUUCGGAAGUGAAAGUUAGUUUUUCAGUGGUUGUGUAGUGUCUGAUGUGUCCUGUGGUAUAUAUUCUUUUCUCAGUACUGUCACCUUUACUGUGUACUUCUGGCUCUGUUCUGCUUUUCAAUCUUUCCUUUAUUAAAGACACAAAAUUAACUAGAAAAUCGACAAAAACGCAAAAAAUGAAGACUCAAAAUAUCUCAAAUGUGAAUUUCUUUUUUCAGAAAAAAAAGAAGAAAAAAAUUAGUAAUGGGCCAGAGGCUUUUCUGGGUUUGGGUUAAACCACCAGAUAAGAUUCAGCAAACUCAAAAAUAAAUCCCAACUUUCACCCUCAAAAACCAGUGCUUUUCUUCUAUGUUCAUGAACUUUUUGAGAAUUGUUUAUGUGCACAAAUAAAGAAAUGCUAUAAAUAUAUAUAUUCACCGAUAUUAAAGUAGAUUUCAUAUGCGUAGCUUUUUGCCUUUCAAAGAGACAGACAAAUAUACAUUUAAAUGCUGCUACCAGUAUUUGGAGGUUUUUGAAACAUAUCAAAGCAUCUACAGAGCAUCUAUAUAAUUUGUCCUUACAAUUGUAAUUUGCAAUUUAAGUAAUGAAUUUGACUAAAUUAAAACAUUUAUUUUACAAUACGUACAUCACCAGUAUAUGACACACACAUAUAAAACGCACAUUUUUAGUAAAUGCGACAUUGUGCACAUUCAUCAUUUUCAAAUGUAGUCUAACAUUCAGACUUUUAGAAUUUAUUUUUUUUUCCUAUGAAACACGAAACGUUUGACCGUGGAGGUGAACAUGGCUACGGUCAUCUGCACGUAGGAACGUAAGGCAUGUGGUAGACCGUGUCUGAACCCGACCCCUUCAGCUACUUGCUGCACUCUGAAAAACAUAGUACUGUUAAUCCAAAGAUAACGCAAGCAUGAUAGAAAGUAAGGAGAUUAAAAAAGUGAAUCCUGACCUUUGUAAAGCAUGUGAAGACCCCGUUGCGACAGAGAGAGACUGUUUAUAUAAGAAAACUGAUCUCCAUUUUGGAUAGCCAUGGUGUCAUUGCUGCUCAUCGAGUAAAACAAAAUAAUAAUAAUAAUAAUAAAGUUAAUUAUGAAUUUAAAGUUGAAUUCCAGCAAAAAUGGGUUAGAUUUAAUUCUCACGGUGUACUUUAUAUGUUUGAGUCAUUCCGAAUAUUUUUGCUAUUGAUGUCGUUUUCUGUUACAGCCCUCGUAUAGUAAAUGUAAUAUUCAAUGUUAUACCUCCAAAAAAAAAAAGGCAUGAUAUGAUGCUGGGAAGCCAGUAUUGUUGUUAAAGAUCUGCAUUUUAACCUCUCUUAACUGUCAAGUGCUAGUGUAUACACACACAGUCAACUACAUAGAUGCAACAACAGUCCAAGGCUUAGAUACAUGCACACAAUUUCAGUUGCUGAAAGAUAUAAACACACACACAAACACAUGCUUACAUGUACAGUAGACACACACACACACACAGUGAGUGGCGCCUAUAAGGAAUAUAAAUGCAGCAACAACAAAAAAAAAAAUAGAACUUAAAUUGCAAUGAUAUUUCUGCACUUUCAAAUCUACAAGCCAAACUUUUUAGGUGAUAUUCACUGAGAGCCAAAGGUGAUCCCCCUAAAAGCCCCAAUGGACAACAAGACCCGAACACCACUUGGGUAAAUAUUCUACAUAAAUAUAGGAUAUACCUAUCUCACCGUCAGUGAAGUGUGGUAUUAAUUGCAGAGGGGCUAAGUUAUAGAUUUCUCUAAUUAUAAUAUACUUUAUUUAUUUAUUUAAAAUGUAUUUAUUGGAAUUAAUUACAGCAAGAAAAAACAAAUGCUUUGUAUUUGCCUAGUCCUUGACCCACUGCUUGAUGUUAUUAAGAUGUGAAUUACACUUUGCCCAGAAGGAAUCAAUCAGUAUCUACAAUUAACACAAACUUAAAGUUGGCUUCAUAAUCUGCUUAAAAAUUAAUUUAAAAAACUUUUUAUUAACUGGCUGUCUAAAUCUUGGCCUAAUCGUGUAUUAAGCUAUUUAGGCCCAUGGGUGGGUGAUCACUUCAUAGUCAACUAAAGCAACAAAAAUUUACCAAUCAGAUUACCACUUAGCGAAACGACUUUGCUGCUAUAACAAACUGUAAAACCAGCUCUUACAGUCCAACCUAAUUAUCCUGUGGUCUGCUCCGAUGGUCCGCUGACAGAAUCGUGUUGUUGCUGAGGUCACAACCAAGCCAGAGUAGCGUUCGACAUCGGGUUCGAUUUCAUUACCACCGACCUUGUCAUGUGCCGUAAACCCCUUAAACAAUAAACCUAGAGCUCUAAUCCCCAACUCCAAAAACCACAAAAAAGAAAAAUAAAAAACGUUUGAGGGCUGCUGACCACUUUCUUUUUUUUGACAUUAUUACAACGCCGACCUUACUUUUGCUGUCUAACCUUUACUCUCUGAGCAUCGAAUGGUUCCCAACAGUCUGAGGUUAGGGUUGAGGAGGAUAAACACCCCUAGAGGGAUUUCUGAGUACUGCAGGUAGGGAGACUCCAUCCAGACAAGGCCUGUAAGUUUUGGUCUGCUGUGAAUUUGCAUGGUGAUUUCUGCUCGCAGUAAUGCCUGCUUUUUCCAGUCUUAGUGUACUUUUCUAACCAUUGUUGUUUUGAGGGUUUCGGAUUACCGUGAAUAAUUGGUUUUUAACACGGGCUGUGCGAUUAACUGUGCAAAAGACCUUCAGGGGUGGGGGUGGGGUGGGGGGAGGGGGGGGUGGGGCGGCAUAUAAAAACCUUCCCUUAAAGUCCGUGCCACAAGCUUCUCCACGUUGGCCAUGUUUUUGUUUUUUGGUGAUGUGCAUGGUUUUUUUUGCAAUUGUAUUUUUUUCCCCCUAAAUUCUGUAAAAACUGUAACUUGAAUCCUGCAGCUCCAAUAAUCAAUGUGGCUGACUGCAUGACUGUGCGUGUGUCCCCCCCCCCACCACCCAGAUUUGGGCCAGAGGGCCGAAUUUUCAGAGGAAUGGAUGGGGGGUGGGAAGGUCAAAGGUCAUCUGGGGCCUAGGCUUUGAGCUCAGCACUCCUCUGAAGAAGCCAAAGCAUUGUGUCUGUGUCCUCCGCAUCAUUGGACAGCAGGGCACAAAGCCAGUUACCUUUUGUUUACGAAAAAUCUCUCCUCCCUAACAAAAGAAGACAGCCACAUUUAAUUCCAUAAUCACCAUGACCAAUUAACAAUUUCCCCUUGACGUUAACUGUGGUAAAUUAAACUGCAUGUUGGACUAGUAACCAUUCCAAUUUUAAACUUUUUAAAUGGCUUGCUAUGUAGAAUUACCGCAUUUCUUUCCUUCCAUCUCUAUAGUACGUAGUAUCGAUGACGUAAUGAAAAUAGUAGUCUGUUCUCAUCUCGUACUUCUGUUCCUCCCGCUCCUUAAAAGUCCUACAGAAAGAUUACAGAGAUUUAUUCUUAAUAUUAUUUAUACUGUCAUGGGCUGAGAUGCAUAUUCCACAGUAUGCAUAUAUUAUGGUCUGGAUGAUGCGGUUACCGUGGUAUUUUGGCACUUUGACCGUAGUUUACAGUCAUGUGCGUUGACUCCCAUAAUCUGCCGCAACAAUUCUCCGUCUGGCCCCUUCCACUGGGUCCAAGCAGGCCCCACACGUGUUCUCUUCUACAAUAGAAACGGGGCUUGAAAUACUGACCUGGAAUAACCAAAGUAUUGAAGGUUCGAGGGGUGCACUCUACAACACAGUGACACGUGCUUAGGUGAACUACAUGUUAUCGAGGAUAGAAUGAUUAAGUAUGAGUAUGCAUGGACAUUGCAUGGUCUCAUGGCAACUGCACCGUAAGAAUUGUGUGUGUGUGUGUGUGUGUGUAUGUGUGUGUGUGUGUGUGUUAUUUUUUUCUUGGUCAAGAUUCUUGUAAGUGCAACACUAAAAAAAAAAAAAAGAUCUCUGUGGGGGAAAAAAAGUUUAUAACAUAUUGAAUAUUAAAAAAACUUUCCAGUCGAUUUAUAGCUGAAUGAGCUUCCAGAAGUUUCUGAAAUAUGUUUUUUCUGGGUUUCACUCAAAUUUCAGUUUUUAAAAAGUCGGAGCCCUUAAGUUUGUUUUUUUUUUUUGUUUUUGUUUUUUUGUUUUUAAAUUGGGGGUGAUGUCAUAUCUUCCCAUUGGAUAUCUGUGAGUGUAAAGUCUUCAUGUGAGGGGAGGUCAGGAUAUCUGGGGCUACCUCUCAAAACCAGACCUGUUCCACGUUUUGGGUCUCUCAGUUCGAAGGCUUUUCAGCUAAAGAAGCACCUAGCAGAGAUGGUAUUGGUUGUUCCCUUGAUUUUCUUGAUCGUCUGACCCUCUAGUAUUAAUGUUCAAAUUAUUUCCACAGGAGAACUUUUCUCUCUUAUUUUUGGUCAGGUCCCAUUGCUCCUUGGGAGAUAUUACACUGUUAUGACUUGCAAGUGUAAGACGCCACAGUCCUGGCAUAACCAUUAAUUUUCCACCAGAAAGGACCUUGAGAUUUAUCCAGAUUCCACACCAGUAUUCCUGUUCAGUACUAUCAUUGUAUGGUGGGAGUGGGGGGUUUGGGAAAGGUGCUAAGACAAGAUUUUAGAAAUACUAUUGUGAUCAUUAAGAUUAUAAUCAUAAAUAAUAAAAAAGACAUGAAAUAAAAAUGCAGUAAUGAUGCAACCUGGAGAGAAAAAAACGGCAAAAUGAUCAAAUUCAAAAUUAAGUAUUGAUUACACCACAGGCGACGAUUUAAAGAAUUCCAAGGAGUUAUGUGAACAAAAAUAAUAGUAGUGAUACUGAAUAUUGAAUGCUCGCAAUUUUGUCAAACUGAACUGGAUCUUUGUGUCCUGUAAUUAUUGUAAAUAUUUAAAGAGAGAAAAAUGAAUUGCAUGUCCAUGUAUAAAACUACUGAGAAACCUGUUCCUGUCAAAGUUGUGACGUUGUUCCGAUCUUUUCCCUGCCCACCCCUCCUCCACUCACUUCCUGUUCAAAUGCCGUUUUUUUUCCCCCCCCAUGGCAACGGGAGUUAAUGACUUCACAUGGACAAAAGUGCUUCCCUCCAUUUCUUUAUCUCAUAUAUAUAUAUAUAUAUAUAUAUAUAAAAUCACACCACAUUUUUAGAAUUUAUUUGUGACAGAUCUUAGCUUCCUGAUGGUUGAAAUGAGUUCCUGUAAGUUUCUCUGAAAAUAAGAGCAUGUUUGUCCUCGUCAUAUUGACUUCAAGAUUUAAUGUUGCUCCAAGACUUACCACCCCCCCCCCCCAAAUGGCAGCCAUUUUGGUCCGAGUUACCUUGUGCCUGCAGUGCAGAAAGACUAUUCGUCUGUGGUGUAAAAGUAACUCCUCCUGUUUAAUGUAAGAAAUGCAAUAACUACAAUACCAGAACUCAAUGGACACUGUUGUGUAACACCACUUAAGUUCCACUUAACGUUGAAAAGUAUUAAAACAUCCUUGGUGUAUAGCUAGCUAAUUGAAUUAGGUAUUUUCAAAGGCUACUCUUUCUAAAAAAAAAAAACAACCAUUUUUAUGCAAAUUCCACAUUUGGUUCCUUGUUGUAAUUGAAUAGUAGUAGUAAAAAAAAAAAUUCCCAGUGGUUUAUGACAAUGCAAAUCACGUGUGGGGAGAAAGUCUGAAGAUUGACAGAGUAGAAAGGACUUUACAUUUUCCUGGAACAAAACGAAACUUGAAACUCGAAAAUGGAUUCCACUUAAAAAAUAAAUAAAUAAAUAAAUAAAUAAAUAAAAAUCUGUGCAAUACAAAGAAAAGGGCUUCUCGAUUCAACCUCUACCACAAUAUUUUUUUAUUACCAAUUCAAAACGAUAGCUGGCAAAAAGCGAUUUGCAAAGUACGCUAAAGACCUUUUUUCUUUUAAAAAAAAAAAUCAGGACAUGUGGUGGUGAGGGUGGUGGACCGUGGGUUGAGAUUGGACGAGAGACACUAGAAUUUCAGAAGAAAAAAAAAAAAGAGAGAGAGAACUGGCAAUCGCAACUUUGACAGGAAUUGCAACUUUGUGUCCGGUUUUUUUUUUUUUUGUGUGUGUAUGUGUGCGUACUGUAUUGUAAAGAAUCUGUCCCCCCCUCCCCCCCCCCCACGCCCUCCCUCUCUCGUACUGCUGUGGGCUGUUUCGUUUAGUUGGUGUGAUGUGCCAGUAUUCCCCCUCCCCCCCUUGCGCUCUCUCUCCUCCUUUUCUCCAUUGAUCAUUAAGAUGACAACUCUAUGCAGAUGCUGUCUUUUAUAAGUGUGUCAAGUUUUAAUUUAAAAUAAAAAAAAAAAAA